CCAGCACGAGGCCAUUUCGAACAACAGAUCGUAACGACCAUGAUGAAGCGCAAGGUGGUCGACAGUGCGCAAGGACCCUCGGGCAGCAAGGCCAAGAAGGCGCGGCCAUCCGUGCUGCCAUCGACCUGCGCGUCGGACGCGGCCUUCUUCAUGCACCAUCGGCCCGAGCUCCUCGACGGCUUGAACCUCGACUUGAUGGAGGAUGACAUGUACGCCCCGCCAGCAACAACGACGAAGAAGAAGACCAAAGUGCUCAUUUGGGACCUCGACGAGACCUUGCUGCUCUUUAGCUCGCUCUGCAAUGGCACGUACGCCCAGCGCGCCGGGCGCACGGCCGACGCGAGCAUGGCCCUCGGCGAAAGCAUGAUGUGCUUUGUCUUUACUGUGCUCGAGAAGCACCUCUUCUUUGACGAGCUCGACAAGGAAGACAUUGAACACGUGAGCCUCAUGACGCGCUACGACGACGGCGUCAGCCUCGACGCGUACGACUUCAACAGCGACGCGAUGACGCAGGACGCUAUAGGCAGCGCCGACCGGCUCCGGAAGCUCGCGUACCGCUACCGGCGCAUUCGGCAGAUCUACGAGCGCCUCGAGUCGGUCGCGUUCUUGACAGCCGGGACGCCGGAGGCCGACUUUUGCGCCGACCUACGCGACUCGAUCAAUGCGUUUGGCGACAAUUGGGGCGCGACGGCGCAGCGUGCGCUGCAAGCGGCGACCGCGCGCGGCUACAAGAACAUUGUCGUCACCAACUCGCAGCUCGUGCCGGCUCUUUGCAAGUGCCUCAUUUACGACCUCGACAAGUGGUUUCCGCCCGACAUGAUCUACUCGUCGUCGCACAUUCGAAAGAAGCAUUGCUUUGAGACGAUCCAGGCGCAGUACGGCCACGACAAGCACGAGUUUAUCGGGAUUGGGGACGGGCCCGAAGAAGAGUCGGCGAGCAGCGCCUGUGCCAUGCCCUUUGUCAAGAUUGCCAACAUUCACGAUUUGAUCGACCUUGCCGAGAUGCUCGAGGCCGAUACGCUGCCAACUGGCAUAUAGACAGCAGCAACUGCCAUUUCUUAUUUUAUCUUAUACGACACCCUCUUGAUCCCGCGU